AUGUCCAUGGCUUCUCAAGUCGCACCCCGUCUGGCUGGCGCAUUCCAGAACGCCAAACAAGACUUUUUGGCUUCACUCAAAGACCCAGAUCUGUUCAACAGUGUAUCCAACAUCAAAUCAAUCGAUGAAGUUUACACUUUCACUUAUCAGUUUCAGAAUGACCAGAAUAAACGCCAAGGUAUGCGGAAUCUUUCCAAGAUCAAGCCAUACUUAGAUCGAUUAAAGGAAUUUGCUGGCGUCAUCGAAGUUUUCGUUCAAGUUAAGCCCGAUAUUCUGGCGCUCAUAUGGGGGCCCAUCAAGUUCCUUCUGCAAAUGUCGGAUAAUUCGACGCAGUCCUUCGAUGCUAUCGUGGAAGCGAUGACUGGAAUUGGUAACAAGCUGCCUCUUUUUCAAGCUUAUACCAAUAUUUUUGAGACUAGCGUUCGAGUUCUUGAUGUACUUGUACUGUUUUACAAGGACAUCUUGGACUUUUACGAGAUCGUGUUGAAUUUCUUUUCAGCAAAACGUUGGGUCAUUGUUUUCGAUUCAGUGUGGCCACGAUACAAAGCAAAGAUCAACCUUGUCGCCAGCAGUAUCGAAAGACAUUCGGUAUUGAUGACAGAGGAGGUCACUUUGGCGAACAUCACCGAAGCGCAUGCGGCUCGAGUUACCGAUAUGAAUAACUGGCAACGGACUUUCAACUUUCAGGAAACGCGAGAUUUUGACAGCGUGUAUUCCUACAUCUCACCGAAUUUGUACGAUGAUGAGCUUGACAAGUUUCAAAGAAGAACAUGCGAGAGGACCGGUAGAUGGCUUCAACGAGAACAGGCCUCGAAAGACUGGAUGGAUGCGAGUAAUACCUCCACGAAAAUUCUCUGGAUGCAAGGUAUCCCUGGAGCGGGAAAAACCUACAUCGCCUCUAUGAUGGUGGAAAAGCUAAGGCAAUCCUCGAAGACCGUACUUUUUGCAUUCUUGAGUUACACAAAAAGCGAUGUGACACCAGUCUCGAUCAUACAUUCUCUCAUUUUCCAACUAGCCAUUGGGGACGACCAUUUUGAUGACCUACUCAAGCGAGAUCUACGUGCCAAGAUUUCCAAUACAUUUCGCUCGAGCCAGCGAAAUUUGAAGAGCAAUACUCGAUUUGCUCGCGAAACGUUAACAGAGUUACUCAAAUGCGUCGGUCCAGUUUACAUUAUUCUCGAUGGUCUCGAUGAGGUCUCCAAAAAUGAAAAAAAUGAACACAUGGUGGACAUUCUAAAUGAGCUUCUGAAGGUACUAAACGACUGCACUGAAGUGAAGCUCUUCAUAAGCAGCAGAGCACAAGAUGAAAUUGGUAGCACGCUGAAUAAAGCGUCUGCCAAAGAGAUCCGCGUCGACGAGAAAAACAGCGGAUGCAUCCACGCAUACGUUAUGGUCACAACCGAUGAGUGGCUCAACAAGGCAGGAUUCGAUCAAAAGGAUUGUGACGAGAUCAGGGCUUUACUGAAACCACUUUCAACCAAGGCAAGAGGCAUGUUUCUUUAUGCGAGAGUCGUCAUGGCUAAUGUCGUUGAUAUGUACACUUUCGACAUGGUCAAAAAUGAGCUCAGAGUUCUCCCCGAAGAUCUAGAUGAAGCUAUCGAUCCAGAUGGGAAGAGAGAUUUGCCCCGAUCGGAGGCUGUUCUGAACGUUGUCAGGCUCUGUGGGCCUAUCGUUGAAAUAACCAACGGUUAUGUCAACUUUGUUCACUUCACAGUCAAGGAGUACCUCUUUGAAAAGAAGAAGGAUGCAUUCCUGAACGCGUUGGAACCGACCAUCGAGAUGACUAAAACCUGUCUUCACUACUUAUCAUCUAACGUCUUCGACAUUGGAAAUGAGCCUGAAAUUAUUGACAGAAACAUCUUAAGGGGCCUAUAUCGAUUACAUUGGUUCGCGACAACUCAAUGGAUUGUAUUGCUUCAAGAGUGCGACAGACUUCUGGGUAGUUGCGACUUCCCAGAGUCCCUGGUCCUUGCACUAAAACAAUUUGCUCACGAAUGCGAAAACGGAAACUUUGAGGGUACAGUGGACUUGACAAAUCAACCAAAUUUCUCUGCUCUCAAGCAGAAGGAACCGGCACUUCAUGAGCUUCUCGUUCAAGAGCUUUACUUCCGCCGCAUGGAUGUUGGCGACUGGAAGUUAGAGGAUAACGAUGAAGAUGCCAUUAUGCAAUCUGCCAACCUCUUCAAACGUCGUUCGCAUCUAGAGCGGAUCGCGAUGCACAUUGUCGAGAUCACGGCCGUGUUUACAAGUGCCCACACCCAUCUUGGCAUGUGUCAUGUGAAUGCGCCUCUGAAAGCUAUCCAGACGAUGAAGACUCCAGAAAAGGACGAGAUUGUGCCUCUGAUCUCCGAUAUCAUCGCGAUGGGAAUGACUGACGAAUUGAAGGAUGCGCUUGUCAGAGAAUCCGCAUUCUGCGGAAAACUAGAAAUUUUUCAGCAUCUAUGGGAGCAACGCAAAUCCAGAUUCGAAGCAACACAAGAUUUUGUUCGCGAGUGUGCUAGUGAGUCAAUCAGUGGAGAAAAUGUCGAAGUGUUAGAAUACCUAGCUCCAAUGAUCGAAAUUAUCGAAGAAUAUAAUUCGAUUAGCGAAUGGGAUACCCUAGCGCAUUACAUGAAAAGCGGUGCAAAUUCAGAGUCCCCGCGAAUAUUCGAAAUAUGGAAGAAGCAGACAAGUGAAUGCAAUGUUCGCACUUUGAUCUCUGAAAAUAUGCUCCAAAGUCUCACAACCCCUGAAAAGCAAGAGCGGUUUGCAGCUAUAUUGGAUGAAAGAGCAUCUUGUGGUCAUCUCUCGAGGGAUCAAAUAAACACUGGAUUGAAAAGGCUAGCCUCAACGUCUUGCGCUCCUUCGAUAGCACGCGUGUUACUCAAACAUGGCGCAGUUGUGGAUUUCAGGUCCAAGAAUACUAGGGGGACAGAGCUUAUCAGGACUCCGUUGUUAGCAGCGGCAGGCAGGAACUCGAAAGACGCAGCCGAGCUGAUGAAACUUCUGCUUCUCGCGGGUGCAGAUCCAAAUGCAUACUAUUGUCCGAAGAAGGGCGGUGAGCCUAAGUUUGUAAGUAUGCAAACCGGAGCAAGAAGAAUUUCGGAGUGGCUACGAUUUGACUGGACUGAACUUGUUGAAUGGACAACAGCAGAGCGAUCAAAAAAUGAGAAGCCGAGGACACCUGUCCUGUCGACUGAUAAUCUAUCGGAUUGA